AUAUAAAUUGCUGCAGCGCUGUAACUCAAAUUAGACAACUGCGGACAGACGCCCAGAAAUACUCGGGGGCGCUCAACACCCUUGUGACGAGCCCAGGAUCGUAGUAUUUUGCAAAUAUUUUGUGAAUUGUGUGUUUCACUCUGAUUUUUAAAUUCACGAUGAAGGAGAGAAGAAUGACACAGCCGUUGGUGGUGAGGUGUAAAUUGGUUUUAGUCGGGGAUGUUCAAUGCGGAAAAACAGCAAUGUUGCAAGUCCUAGCCAAGGACUGCUAUCCAGAGACGUAUGUGCCAACAGUGUUUGAAAACUACACAGCCUGUCUCGAGCUAGAAGAACAGCGGGUAGAACUGAGUCUCUGGGACACGUCAGGUUCCCCAUACUACGACAACGUGAGGCCUCUCUGCUACAGCGACUCAGACGCAGUCCUCCUCUGCUUCGAUAUCAGCCGCCCGGACACCAUUGACAGCGUGCUGAAGAAGUGGAAGACUGAGAUCCUGGACUUCUGCCCCAGCACACGCAUCCUUCUCAUUGGCUGCAAGACGGACCUGCGCACAGAUGUCUGCACCCUCAUGGAGCUGUCCAAUCAGAAGCAGACACCCAUCUCCCACGAGCAGGGUUCGGCCUUGGCCAAGCAGCUGGGUGCCGAGGCGUACCUGGAGUGCUCAGCCUUCACCUCAGAGAAGAGCAUCCACAGCGUCUUCCGCACGGCCGCCCUGGCCUGCAUCAAUAAGCUGCAGCCCGCCCUGAAGCCCAGCCCCACCCGCCGCCUCUCCAAGAGACUGCUGCACCUGCCCAGCAAGUCGGAGCUGCUCACCUCCACCUUCAAGAAGGAGAAGGCCAAGAGUUGCUCGGUGAUGUGAGCCGGGGCGGGGGGUGGCGGGGGCCGGACGCAGUGACCAGCGCCGCCCUUUGGGUUGGGAGAGUGGGGUGGGGGGGAGGGGGGCUGGUGGAAUCGAUGACGAAGGGCUCCUUCUCAAACCCCUCCUCACACCCUGAAAUCCCCCGAAACGACCAGACGUCCGCUGCCCGUAAGCUCCCCGAUUUGUAUAGUGCAUCGGUUUUCUCUCUCGCCUGUACCUUGUCUCACAUCGAGGUAUAACCAUGAUUGUUUCCCCUUACCAGCAUUGCUUUGUACAGACCUAAUUUCAUUAAAAAGCGUCACUGGAGAUCUGGGGCAGACCAAAACAGACUGGGGAAAACGUACGUAUGUGUAUUUCCACAUUGUGACAUUCAUGCUUUUGAGGCAAUGCAGUGUAUAUGUUUUGGGAGGUCCAUCUAAGUGGGCUGACGUUUUCCCAUUUUUUGAUGUUAAAAUGCUUGUAUCCUGAGAAUAUGCACUUUAAGGUGUUGAUGAACAAACUGCUGCAUAAGAUCAUAUCUGAAAUGGAUGGGUUGUUUCACCCCUGUGGAACAUGGCAGGUAGUUGGGGUGUCUGUACCCAGUCCUACCAAGGACGUUGGCUGAAGGCGGCCCUGAAAUCUACAGUGGAUUCACUUGCUCUGGAAAGAGAUGUUCCCAAUUGCUCUCUCGCUCCUUACAGUCCCCUCAACAACACUGACCUCAAAUCAGUGUUCAGUGAGCGAGUUGAUCCUGACAUCCUCUGCUCCCUGACUGGAGAUGCUCAGAAGGUGGGGGAGUGGCUUGAAACCGGAAGCUCCUCCCCUCUAUGCUGACAUUAAGCUGCUCACACCAGGCCGAGAGGAGUGAUGUAUAGAGCUGGAGGUCUUAGGACAGACUGGGAAUUAAAAGUGGGGCACAAGGGUUUUUUAAGGAAUGGUAAUAAAUCUCAAAACAAUCACUCCAUCCAAUUACAUUCUUCAAAUGAAACGCAUUAAAAUGCAGAUAUACUCUCUGGCCGUGUUUAAUAUUUAAAUUGUACAUUGUCGUGUGUUAUUUAAAAAGGGGACAGAAGUGAUAAAUUCUUUGCUGUGAGGAGGACUGACGCCUAGGGGAUCAGGGAGGACAUUAGAGGGGUUAUUGGCGUUAUGGCUCUCCCAGCUGCUGUGGAGUUUAGGAAAUCAGAUCUGUCUAAGUGACACCCAGGCCAAUUUUUUAAUCCCACUGGAGGGAACUGUAAACAUGCCGCCCAGGGGAAGGAGGGAAGAUUAACUGCAUGGCCGACACCAUAAAGGCAAUGUGAUUUUCACUUUCAAAAAUCAGAUUAUUCAGAAAGAUAUUGUUCAACAGAAUGGUGCGGUGUGCCACACUUACAUUCUUAAUUGACCUUGGGAAAAAAAGUCAUGGGUCAAAAUACAUUGUAAAAUAAGCCUUCAUUGCAUCACUGUCAUAAUCCUAGUUUUUCUUCAGAUGUUACAGUCUGGAACAUGAUGCCCGUCUUCCUUUUACUCAUGGUCCUGUGUUUCAGUAAAUACUACUGUAGCACUCUGACCCAAUGCCUUUGCUUUCUCCUCAUGAAAGGCACCUCCAGUUUCUCAGCUUCACCUCCUCCACGUGACCCCAUUCCUGUACAAUCCAUGCGAUUCCCUCCAAUAUGCAGACCAUGCCUCGAAACAGACAUAUUAAGAUGGCUUGUCUCAGAGCCUCAAGUUGACCGACUUCAUGUUAAAUCCUUUCUUUCUUGAUUAUGUAACUUGCAGCUGAUUAAUCCCGAGCUCAGCUUUUAAUCAUAAGGACGUCAGUGUUAUCGGAAAGUAGACCUAGAUUAAUUGACUUGUUCCACAGAGGUCGUUAGCACUUGAUCCAAGAACUGAUUCAAGGAAGAUAACUUCUGGGAGCUUACUGAACUGCCAGGCAGUCGUCACAGGUCCUUUGAGACAGAGGAGGCCAUCUCAUAUUGUGACACAGAUCGGAUGUCGGUGUGACACAAGGGCUUAUGGAAAGGGAAGAGCUUUCUAGAGUUAGUGCGUGAAAUCGUCAAGCCUUCUUGAACUGCUACUCUCUCUAAGUAUGCAACAUCCAGUUUAUUCAUGGGAGGUAAACACAGGGUCAUGAAAACAAAGUAUCUGUUACUGCAUCAUCUCAUUCACAGACUGGGGGAGCUAGUUGUUGUAAAUUGUCUUCAACAAUUGCUUAUUGUUGGUGAGCUUUUUUGACUUUGGGGGAAGAAGGUGGCAUCCAUCUUACUUGCUAAGAGUGCAGAAAAUUUGGCUGGGGAAGAGUACUUUUUGGGUUGGGAGGGGCACCGGGAUCAUGGUAACAGUGAACGGGCUGGUCCUGUCCAAAGAAAGCUAUUUUUCCAUUUUAACUUUUAUUGUUAAGUCAUUGUGUUUUUGGUUUCUUCAAACUUGAAAUCAGAAUCUCCCCAUUCUUCUUUGUUAUACUCACUGAAGUCAUCUCAUAUUUGGAGCUGUGGACGGCCCCUACGGUGCAUGACUUCAGGAAGUGAUUUGCACAGAGACUUGUUCUUUGGACAUACACUGAUUUUUAUUUUUGCAUUCCCAAGCCACAACUGAAGUAGGGGUAACUUGAGAAGGGCUCUUGGGUUUGUAGAGCAUUUUGUGCAUUGGAAGAAAAGGGAUGAUUUUCAAAGGGAUGUCUCUCAUCUUUCAUCGUAGCAUCGGAACCACUGCUUCAUGUGACGGCUGGAGAUUCAUGGGAAUUGAUCCGUACAUCUUCUAAUUGGUCCACAUCCUUUGGGUGUUGAUCACGUUCGGAGGCCAAAACGAUUGCAUGCAAAAACAUAUCCAGACUAGGCCAGUUCUCUGAAUUUCACAGCCGUUGUAUAGCAUUGGAACCCUUUCAGACUCUUACCAUGUCCUUGUUAGUUGAAAGCCAACAAAGUCUGGUUGUACAUAUCUUGUUUUAUAAUCUUUGUAAAACUUCUGAAAGAAUGUUGGAAAAAAAUACUAUUGAAUCAACCGCA